GACCGGAGCAUCUCUGUCCGUGUCUCCGCGCUCGGUAACGGCUGUCAGAUUCAUUCCUCUCUGGACACUUCGACAUGUCUUCGGGCUGGUCAGCGAACGACCACAAGAGCUACUCGAACCCGCCGUCCGCCGCCGUGAAGCGGGCGAGAAACGACUCAGGGAACAAAGUGACGGUGAUUCUGGGAGCGCAAUGGGGAGACGAAGGCAAAGGAAAAGUUGUUGACUUACUGGCGACGGAGUCUGACGUCGUGUGCAGGUGUCAGGGAGGAAAUAACGCCGGUCACACAGUGGUGGUGGACGGGAAAGAGUAUGAUUUCCAUCUUCUUCCCAGUGGGAUCAUCAACACCAAGUGCACAUCAUUCAUCGGCAACGGCGUGGUCAUUCAUCUCCCAGGAUUAUUUGAGGAGAUUGACAAGAAUGAGAAAAAAGGUCUGAAAGGAUGGGAUAAAAGGCUGGUGAUCUCAGACCGGGCUCACAUCGUGUUUGACUUUCACCAGGCCGUGGACGGACUUCAGGAGGUUCAGAGACAGGCUCAGGAAGGACAGAACAUAGGAACGACUAAGAAAGGCAUCGGCCCGACGUACGCCUGCAAAGCGUCUCGCACCGGGCUCCGCAUCUGUGACCUGAUGGCUGACUUCAGCGACUUUUCCACCCGGGUGAAGAACCUGGUGCAGCAGUAUCAGUCCAUGUACCCGGCGCUGAAGGUGGACGUGGAGGGCGAGCUGAAGAAGCUGAAGGACUACGCCGAGAGGAUCAGACCGCUGGUCAGGGACGGAGUCUACUUCAUGUACGACGCAAUUCACGGGCCGCCCAAGAAAAUCCUGGUGGAGGGAGCGAACGCGGCGCUGCUGGACAUCGACUUCGGGACGUACCCGUUCGUCACGUCGUCUAACUGCACGGUGGGAGGCGUUUGCACCGGACUCGGGAUCCCGCCGGCGAACAUCGGAGACGUGUACGGAGUGUCGAAGGCUUACACCACUCGGGUCGGGAUCGGGGCCUUUCCCACCGAACAACUCAACGCGGUGGGCGAGCUGCUGCAGACCAGAGGUCACGAGGUGGGCGUGACCACGGGCAGAAAGAGACGCUGCGGUUGGCUGGAUCUGGUUAUCCUCAAAUACGCUCAUAUGAUCAAUGGAUUCACUGCCAUCGCUUUGACUAAACUGGACAUCCUGGAUGUUCUGGAUGAGAUUAAAGUGGGUGUUGCCUAUAAGAUCAGCGGAAAGAGAGUCCCGUAUUUCCCAGCCAACAUGGAGGUUCUGCAGAAGGUGGAGGUUGAAUACGAGACGUUCCCGGGAUGGAAGACGGACACAUCGGCUGCCAGGAAGUGGAACGAUCUUCCUCCUAAAGCUCAGAACUACAUCCGCUUCGUGGAGAAUCACAUCGGCGUUCCUAUUAAAUGGGUCGGCGUUGGAAAAUCCAGGGAAUGCAUGAUCCAGAUGUUCUAGAUUCCUACCCACAAUCCUCCCGACGGAAGACCACCUCUUAAUGUCCAGGCUUUGUAAGCAUCGCUUGAUGUGGAGUUUUUGGGAUUCAUUCGGUCGUGUUUUGUUGCCGUUUCCAGUAAGACACAUAAAGCAAACCCCCUGAAACUGUGUUUAUUUCCUUCUUUUGGUCGCAUGCCUUUCGUGCUCCUUUGUGGCUUGUUUCCCAGCGUUUUGUCUGAUGGCAGAUAUAAUUAGGUGCGUCAGAAAUAGAUGGGGACGGAGAACACGGUGUUCCUCUCAUCUAUGCCAAGAUGUUCUAGUCUCAGAGGAACCGUAGGGCCUUCACGAUCCAAGGCAGCGCGUCAAAAUAAACUUUUAAAACAA